UUGUUCCCUCUCUCUCAUGUCGUGUAUAGCGUGCCUAUAUAAUUAUUGAGCGAUUGCAAGCACAUAUACUAAGAUGGCGAAACUUUCAACAAUUGCCAUUCUAUUUGCAACUGUCCUUUGCUCGGGACUAAUUUCUCCACCCGUUGUUUCAGGGGCCAAGAUAAUGCUUGCUAUGACGAUGGUCAUGAACAGCGUUAGUCAGCAUAUUCUGUUUUCAGCUAUCACGGAGCCCCUGGUCGAACGCGGGCAUGAAGUAAUUCUCCUGGCCCCUCAGUAUAAGGUGACCAAGGGUCUCACUGAAGAAGCUGUCACCGGGAAGAUCUUCUUUAAGACAACCAGAUCAAAGGAAGAGAUGGAGGAGAUAAACGCGGGUCUGCAGGCGAUCCUUCUUCUUUUAAGCCAAGGAUCGUUCAGAGACAUUCUUAGCAAGAUGCAAGAGAACUUUCAGAAGUUCUCCGAAGGUUGCCUUCGACUUUUCGAAGACCAGGAAGUUCUUGAUCGACUCAAGGCAGAGCGGUUUGAUCUGAUCAUCACCAUGCCCCUGUUGGGUUGUGAUUCCUUGCUUGCGGAAUACCUCGACGUUCCUUUCGUUGCGAUGACCCCUCUCCGCAGGGCACCGACCUUCAAUGAAGACACCUUCGGCAUUCCUGCUCCGUCAUCUUACGUUCCUUUCAGCGUGAUGACAACCUUCACUGACCAGAUGACAUUCUUCCAAAGGACUACCAAUAUUCUGAUGCGUUUCAUAACAGAGCCAAUUGCCACAUACUUCAUGAGGCGGCCACUCAGGCAAAUACAAAAGGACCACAACUAUGGAACGCGGAAAGGCUAA